ACAAACCCCUCCCUGCCGGUCUCUAAGACGGAGUUCAGCCAGUUUGUCUUCAUCACUCAGGCGCUCCUCCUCAGCCAAGCACGCGGGUCUGAAAUAUGAAAAACAAAUAGAGCUGACUUUAUAUUGAGCUGGACGAUUUCUUCCGUAAUUUUAAUGGUAAUUUUUUGUUUCUGAGUAAGGAAGAAGGCUUAAGGGCUGCACAUUCUUCCCCCUUUGACUGGAGCGCCACAUUUUGCCGGUUGACAACGGCGCCAGCAAUGUGCCCGGAAAAGGGGUGUAUAGGGAGGUGUAUGUUGCCACUACCAUGAGCUGGAGUUUCUUGACUCGUCUGCUGGAAGAGAUCCACAACCAUUCCACAUUUGUGGGUAAAAUCUGGCUCACUGUGCUCAUAGUUUUCCGCAUAGUCCUGACAGCGGUGGGAGGAGAGUCAAUUUACUACGAUGAGCAGAGUAAGUUUGUGUGUAACUCUGGCCAGCCCGGCUGUGAGAACGUCUGCUACGACGCCUUUGCGCCGCUCUCCCACGUCCGCUUCUGGGUCUUCCAAAUCAUUCUGGUGGCCACGCCUUCGCUUAUGUAUUUGGGCUACGCUGUCAACAAAAUUGCUCGGGCAGAGGAGCAGACGUCUGGCGGGGGAGUGAGCGGUUAUUCGCGACGGAAAGCCAAGAAGCCCUACCUUGCAGGCCGAAGGCAGCACAGGGGCAUAGAAGAGGCCGAGGAUGACAACGAGGAAGAUCCGAUGAUCUAUGAAGUGACGGAGGUGGAGAGUGACGGCGAUGGCGCCGCAAAGGCGGAAAGCCAGGAGAGGCAAGGGAAACACAAAGUCCGCCAUGACGGGCGCCAUCGUAUCAAAGAGGAUGGGCUGAUGCGGAUUUACGUCCUCCAGCUGUUGGCCCGCUCUCUGCUGGAGGUGGCCUUCCUGUGUGGACAGUAUGCCCUUUAUGGAUUUGCAGUUCCUGCCAACUAUGUGUGCUCAGACCUGCCAUGCCCGCAUAGUGUGGACUGCUUUGUGUCACGGCCAACCGAGAAAACCAUCUUCCUCCUCAUCAUGUACGCCGUCUCCCUGCUCUGUUUGAUACUCAAUAUAUGGGAGAUGCUCCACCUAGGCAUUGGUACCAUCUGUGAGAUGCUGCACUCCCGCCGGCUGCAGCUCCCUGAUGACGAGCAGUACGGACUCACAAGAGUGAAUGGGGCUCUCAGCGAGACAGCACUGAGUGGAGAGGAUUACAGCAGCUACCCUUUUACCUGGAAUGCACCUUCGGCCCCACCAGGGUAUAACAUCGCCAUCAAACCUCUUCUGGUGUCGAAAGGGAACCACAACACGCCCCUACCCAUCACCGAUCUCUCUAACGCCAAGAUCACAUGUCGGCAGAACCACGUGAACAUUGCCCAAGAGGAGCGUCAGCAGCACACUAAUAAUGAUGAGAAUCUGUGCAGAGCUGGGAGGGCAGAUGCUCCUAGAAGUGCUCGUAAGGACAUUGUUCAGUCACAGAACAAGCUGAAGGCUGAUAAUCAGGCCUACAGCCAGCUCCAGAACCACAGUAACAACCACGGCAAGCCCAACCGUGAACGUAAACACCGGCAGACCUCCAGACACGCCUCCAGCAAGGCAGGCACUGACAGGGGCAGCAGCGUCAACAGCAGUAGCAGCAAGUACGGAGUAAUAAAGGGCUCCGAGUGGAUCUGAAAGCUUUUCAAACUAUAGAGACACUCACUAUUUACAUUUGUGUACAGAAAGAAACAGGGCUACUAAUUCACACUUUUUAAAGUGAUACUAAAGCCAGUAUUUCAAGAAUCCAAGGAACCACCUCACACCAGCCCACAUUUUACAGUUUCUUACUCAUUUAUAGACCAAGGUGUCCAUGCAGGUAACAGUUAGAUAUCGGCUUUAAUGCAAAAUCGAACGGUAGUUUACUUAAAUAUGGACAGAGCUUAUCUUUAUUAAUGUCUUUUUAGCUCUGAAAAUCUGUUUUUUCAAAUAAAGUUGUCCUGAAACAAGCUGUUCCACUUCAGGGAUAAACUCAAAUUUUUCAGGACACAUUGCAGUAGUUUUUGGCUUGUGCUUUAAAGUUCAUGCCCCCCUUCCACCACGAGCGUUCUGCAUUGAAGAGUACAAGAACAAAAAAGAUGAACCUGCUGCUUAACAAACAAAACCACUGCAGCAAAGUUGCUUCUUAUUUUCUGAGUUCUGUGCUGGAUUUGGAAGUGCCUUUCUUCAAAAGCUUGAGCUGCUUUAAACUGUCUCGGCAUUACUUCAUUUCAACAUCUGAAAAACUUUUUUUCCACAAAAUGUUUUCACCAAUGUCUGUAAAACAGGAAAAUCAGUCCAGCAUCUGUAAGAAAUGUUUAUUUUCUUGUUUUACCUUACUGUUCUUGUCUUGAACUCCAUUACAUUACAUUUAUUUUAUUUUCUCAGACAACCAGUUUUGGUGUUGAAUGAGUAUUUUCCGUUAGACAUUCAAGUUACUCGUUUAACAUCGUUUUUCUUAGUCUUCCUAAGACAGAAAAGACACUUUUAAUCAGUUAUGUUUAGACUGUCACAUAUAUCUGUACAUGGAAAUAUUUACAGACCUGAAUCGGUUUUCACAUAGUUAUCAAUGUUUUUCUUAUUUGAAUGACGUUCUUGCUUGAUGUUCUCACAGCAGGAGUUCUUCCGCCAUUUUGCUUAGUAGUUUGUGUAAAAUAAGAAAAAGCUGUAUUGAUUGGGACCUGGUUUAAAGAAUUCACUUAGAUGUGCACUGUCAUUGUUUCAUUUUGUGUGACAGAUUUUUUUUACGUGUUUAAACAAAAAGUGCAUGUUUUGAAUAAA